GUCUACACAGUGGGUCAUGGUGACCAUGGCAAUCAGUACCAUUCAUGACUUGACAGACACUGACAGGGAUGGACGAACCCCCAACAACUUAACUUUACAUAUUGUCCUGUCAAUGCUUGGUUUGAUCCUGAUUGCUCUGGGUACUGGGGGAAUUAAACCUUGUGUGACUGCCUUCGGUGGGGACCAGUUUGAGGACCACCAGGAAAAACAAAGAAGCACCUUCUUUUCCAUCUUUUACCUGUCUGUUAAUGCUGGGGGUCUUCUCUCCACUGUAAUCACCCCAAUCCUCCGAGGACAAGAGUGUGGCAUCCACACACAGCAAAAAUGCUACCCACUGGCCUUUGGAGUUCCAGCCGCAUUGAUGGUUGUUUCUCUGAUUGUGUUCAUUGCUGGAAGUAGCAUGUACAAGAAGGUAUCCCCUCAGGGCAACAUAAUGCUUCAGGUUUGCAAAUGCAUUGGGUUUGCCCUGAAUAACAGAUUUAAACACAGAAGCGAUCAGUACCCAAAGAGACAACACUGGAUGGACUGGGCCUCUGAUAAGUAUGAUAAACGUCUUGUUGCUCAAAUCAAAAUGGUCUUGAGAGUCCUGUUCCUGUAUUUACCAUUCCCUAUGUUUUGGACACUUUUUGAUCAGCAGGGUUCAAGAUGGACUUUACAAGCCACCACUAUGGAUGGAAAUUUUGGCCCUGUACGGAUUCAGCCAGACCAAAUGCAGCUUAAUGAUACUAAACAAAAGCCAGAAGGGAAUAACGCCAUCAGAUUUGUAAAUGCCCUGAAGAACAUAACACUUCUAAUCAAGGCAGGGUCCAAAGAACCUGGGCAUGUUCUGCCUUUCACAAGUUCAGGUUACGUGCUACUGCCAGAAGGAGAGAGUGAAUUCGUCUUCAGUUACAACGACAUAUUAGAAAGAACCUGCAAAGUUUCAAAAUCUUUUGGAUUUGGCAGCUACUACACUGUUGUCAUACAGAAUUUAAAUUGUGAAAGGCAGCAGGUAGCCACCCUUACGUACAUUGAAGACAUCCAACCCAACACAAUUCACAUGGCCUGGCAGAUUCCGCAGUACUUCCUGAUGACAGUUGGUGAAGUGGUCUUCUCAGUCACUGGGCUGGAGUUUUCUUACUCACAGGCACCUUCCAAUAUGAAAUCGGUUCUCCAGGCUGGCUGGCUGUUGACAGUUGCUGUUGGUAACAUCAUUGUGCUGAUCAUGGUAGGAGUGGCACAGCUCCCUGAUCAGUGGGCUGAGUAUGUCUUGUUUUCUGCUUUGCUGGUUGCGGUUUCCAUCGUUUUUUCAAUCAUGGCCUAUUUCUACACCUACGUGGACCCAGCAGAGAUUGAAGCUCAGUUUGAUGAAGAGGACAAAAAUAAGGAUGAACACGAAAUGAGUACAAUUCCUGUUUAUGACAAUGAAGCACAUUUCCCUGAGCAGAGCAAGAUGUAAAACCCCAACCGUGUUUAAGAACACACACAUUGAGUGUUAAGACAAUUUACUCCUCAAUUUUAUUUAACAAAUUGCAUAACUGUGAGAUUACAUUAUUUUAAAUGCUUUAAUAAGUACAGUCUAGUUUGUCAACCUAGAAUGGUACAUAUUCAAUGUACCCUUUUCUGGAACAAGUAUUCAAGUGAGAGGUAAAUCUGGUAAAAGAGGCCAGGCCUCAACCCUUGCUGACUGAAAGGGAAGGUGGGCAGCCCUUAAAGUUUUUGCAUAAGCUGAUUAACCAUGUUAUCUAAACCAAGUAAGACAUAAUGUUUCUUUAUGUUGUGGCUGUUUUGUCAAGUGUGAGCUUUGAGCCAUCAUGUCAACAUGUACCACAUUACCAGUGGAGGUUGAGUCAUGUUGUCACUUUUGUUUUCUGAAAAUCUAGUACAGGGUCUGUCUCACCAAAGAGGGCUCGUGCUCUCUGGUUUAGUAGUACCCAUACUUUAAAUUUCUGAACAUCCAACUGCUAAUGUUUGCAUUCCGUAAAAUCUAUUCCACACCUGUCUUAGAGAAAUUACACCAUGGCUCAAUGUUAUUUUCCUCUACACCUUUCUUACCUCUUUGAAACAAACAUGACAUUACCAAAUACAUAU